AUGGGAGUUCAACUGUUUUGGCAAGGAAAUAUUGAGCCUGCGGGUCAUAUUAGUGGAUACUGGGCUCAUAUACAGUGCCUGUUAAACAAGAAGAUAUCUGCGAACGAAGCUCGAAUAUCUCUCGUUCUUGCCUUAGCUUCUCAGGCUUCAUCUCUUUCUCGGCGAUUUGUGUGGGAACUGGCCUCUGAAUCGGCAAAAUAUCUGUUUCCAAAGAGAUUCGGAGCUCAGACUUUAGAAGAGGCUUUGAUGUCAGUUCCUGAUCUUGAAUCGGUCAAGUUUACUGUGCUGACCCGCACCAAACAAUAUGAAAUAAGAGAAGUGGAGUCGUAUUUCAUAGCAGAGACGACAAUGCCAGGGAAGAACGGAUUCGAUUUCGAUGGCUCAUCUCGCUCUUUCAAUGCCUUGGCUGGGUAUAUUUUCGGCGAGAAUACAACCAACAACAAAAUGGAAAUGACUACGCCUGUGAUUACCCGAAAAGCUGAAUCCCAUGGUGAAAAGAUGGCAAUGACAACACCUGUGAUAACGAAGUUGUCAGGAAACAAAGAUAAAUGGAAAAUGUCAUUCGUCCUGCCCUCGAAGUAUGGCGCAGAUUUGCCAAUACCAAAAGAUCCUUCUGUAAAAAUUACAAAGGUGCCAAACAAAAUUGUUGCAGUAUCUGCUUUUUCAGGUUUGGUAACUGACGAAGACGUCAUAAAGCGUGAAUCAAAAUUACGCAAUGCUUUAAAGAGCAACACUGAGUUUAGAGUAAAAGAUGAUGCAGUCGUGGAAGUUGCACAGUAUAACCCUCCAUUCACUCUUCCCUUUGCACGACGGAACGAAAUUGCUCUGGAACUUGAAAGGAAACAGGAAUAACUAGUCCACCAGCCCUGCGAAUGGAGACUACAAUGUGCACUGAAGCGGAAGUGAGAAAACUUCCUAUGCUAUUGAGAACCCUCGGGUUCAGUAAUGUAAUGUUGUAUAUAACCAUACAAAUUGAGAUAGAUUUGUACAGAACUGCAGAAAUAUGUGUACUUUCUUUUGCCAAUGAAGUUUGUGAUUCUCAUGUACAAGUAUAAAAAGUACUAAAAUAACUGAUCAACAUGAAAAGACAACAAUACUUUUCAUAUA